GUCGAUUUUGGAAAACGAAGAUAGUCCAGGGCAGGAGCGGCGAUGUUCGCGGCCCAGUCCAGUUCAGCCACAUCCCGGUCCUAGAGCCCAAACCCCACACUCCGCCCUUUCUAACACUCUCUCCCGCCACCGCCACAGCCACGCCCAACGCUGCUUGCUGCUCCAUUUUGAGACGGCCGUUACCCCAAUCAGGCAAAGCUCAAAUGUUAGCCCUCUCACUGAAAUCCCGCCUGACUCAGGCCCUAACACAGACCUCCUUCCGGUCUCCGGCAGCCCCAUCUGCCACCGUAUUCUCCCUCCUCUCCUCGCCCUUCUCCUCCAAGCAGCGGAGCAAAGGCGACGACGGAGACACUCCCGAUGCCGUUUCGCUCUUCAACAGGGACCCGGACAGCCCUCCUCGCCUGUUCGUCGUCCAGCCCCGUCUGCGCCCUGAUACUUUCCUCCAAGCCAAGCUCAAUGAAGCCCUUUGCCUCGCCAAUUCCCUGGAGGAGCAGCGUGAAGGCUACUUCAGAACUGAUUUCUUCGAUAAAGAACUCCCUCCCCAUGUGAUUGUCCAGAACCCAAUUCUCAGAUCCUCCAGCGCUCAUGCAGUUUGACAUUUUGCAGAUACUUAUUUUGGGUCUGGAACGGUUAAAGAUAUUAAGAUUCAUUUAAAUGCUUCUGAGACCAAGGGGGAUGAAGUGGAUGCCGUGUUUGUAAACUCUAUUUUAAGUGGAGUACAACAAAGGAAUCUGGAGCGUGCCUGGGAGAAGCCUGUGCUAGACCGAGUUGGUCUUAUCAUAGAGAUUUUUAACGCUCACGCCCAUACAAGGGAGGCAAAGCUACAGGCUGAAUUAGCAGCUCUUAUGUACAUGAAAAGUAGGCUAGUUCGUGCGAGAAAUGCUGAUGGUCGCUUUACGUUUGGAGCAAGUGGAGAAGCUGAGGUUGUUAGCGCUCGAGGGAGAGGAAGUGGAGGACAAGGCUUUAUGAGUGGUGCAGGAGAAACCGAACUUCAUCUUCAACGCAGAAGAAUAUUGGAGCGCCGAAGCCGGUUGCUGUCUCAGAUUGAGGAGGUUCGUCGUACUCGAGCUUUGCAUCGUGCUGCUCGUAAGAGGCAUGGUGCAGUUGGCAAUCAACGUUUAACUACUGUUGCUGUUGUAGGGUACACAAACGCUGGGAAGUCUACAUUGGUUAGUGCCCUUUCAAACAGUGACCUUUAUAGUGAUUCUAGGUUGUUUGCAACACUAGAUCCAAGACUAAAAAGCGUGAUUCUUCCUUCAGGGAGGAAGGUGCUUCUUAGUGAUACUGUUGGGUUCAUAUCUGAUCUCCCUAUACAGUUGGUUCAAGCUUUCCAUGCGACUUUGGAAGAAGUUGUUGAAGCAGACCUCCUUCUGCAUGUAAUAGACAGCACAGCUCCUAAUCUGGAGGAGCAUCGCACUACAGUGUUGCAAGUUCUUCAACAGAUUGGAGUGUCUGAAGAGAAGCUUCAGAAUAUGGUUGAGGUCUGGAACAAGAUCGAUUAUGAAGAUGAGGAGUUAGAUGCUGGUAGAUAUCUUGAUGAAGGAGAAUAUGAUGAUGAUGCUAAUGAUGAUGCUAGCCAUUCCUCUGUUGAAGAAGACCCCGGAACCAGUAGUCUAACAAGUGUGGAAGAUGGGGAAGGAUGUGUGGAAGAGGGCUUGAAAAUAGAGGAAGAAGAUCCUCUCUCUGAUGGAUGGUUGUUGUCGGAAGAAGACCAGGAGAUGGAGGAAGACAAAUGGCUAGAGUCUUUGAAUGGCCAAGAACAAAGCCAUGCAUCAAACGACUUGACCACGGCACAAAAGAUUUUGAAAACACAAGCUGAGCAAGGUCCCCAUCUGAAGAUAUCAGCUCUGACAGGAGUGGGCUUGCAAGAAUUGUUGGAACUAAUUGAUGGAAGGCUGAAGACCGAGGAUGACAAGUUCAAAAGGCAGAAUGCAGUUGAACCAGGUUUCUAUGACCGGAAAUGGCGACCUCCCCGAGAUGAGGAUGCGGACAUGGCAGUGUAAAAGUACAACAACCAACAAUGUACAACAACAGGCGUUUGCCUUGUAAAACCAUUUUCGGAUCCCAAGCCAAGUGAAGCAAUCUGAUGGCAAUGAAAGCUUCAACGACCACAGUUUUCUUCCAGAUCACCGUUAGUGAUGAAUGGAUUGACAGGAGUCAUAGAAACUUGUAUCAGGGGGUGGGAAAUAUUUGCUAUUUUAUUGCGGAAGGUACAAAGGUGGGGAGGAAUGAAAUGUGCUGUGUUCAAGUAAUAAGCAAUCCAGUCCCACGAAUAUGGUAGUGAUGGUCUGUCAUGCUUCUCAGUUUGGUUACAUUGAGCUGGCUUGUCAUGUAAACUUCUUUGAGAGGGGAUUAUUAACAACAGACAGUUAAGUUGGCAAUUUGUAUGUAGCCAUUUGGCAGUGCACGCCGACCCCAUAUCUGGAGUCUCAAAACAUGCCCUGAAUAUCAUCGGUGAUUCCCGAACUCGGUUACUCGAGUCUUUGG